AUGGGUUCUGUCCAGAGAUUGCCACAGUUCCGGAGCCGGCUCUUGGCUCCGGCUCUGAGCGGCUCCGGCCCCGAGCCAGAGCCGGAAAUUUUGGGGUCGGCUCCGGCUCCCGAGCCCAAAGUCGGAGCCAGGCUUUCCAGCGGUCAGAAAAGGAAAAAUUUCGUGAUCUUGUUAAACCAAAUUGCUUGAAAAACACUGCGGAGGAUGUGACUUGACUGCAAGAACGUUGGCUAUAUGAUCUCUGGCACUAAUAACUUUUAUUUUGGGAAAAAUAUUUUUAAACAACAUUUUGCAUAGGAGCCUUUGUUCGGAGCCGGAGGCCUUUUUAAAUUUUUCACGGAGCCAAGAGCCGGAGCUGCAAAUUUGGCCUCGGCUCCGGCUCUGGGAGCUAAGAGCCGGAGCCAAAAUUUUGACCGUGGCAAUCUCUGGUUCUGUCCAAGACGUUCGUUCUCGAACCGCUUUUUCUACGCUAUUGUGGGAGUGUUCCACAAAACCUGGUUCCGACCAGAACGUAGAACUCUUCCGCUAACGGCGAGAAAAUUCUAGGGACGCCAAGCGUCUCGUUGCCCAAUUUGCAAUGGGUCCGAGGCUAGCCAGCCGGAGGAACAAGAAUGGAGAGUGCCGCUCGUCUGGAAGUCGCAGACAUGGCCAGCGGAUCACAGGAACUCGUUGACCAGUGGCAGGUUGGUUCUGCGUACGGGACGGAAUCCCUGCCUUCGCUGAUGAAUCUGCCUUUUUUUGGCUUCAAUACACAAUUCAAACGAUACAAUGGCGAUAGAAAUGGCGCUUUUACGGCCGGAUAA